ACAAUGUCACAUACAUUAUAUAGACAUCCACAAUUGGAGAUAUUGGAGAUUAAUAACGAUAAUAUGUCGUUUGUUCUAUCAAACACUGAUAUUAGUGUUGCCAAUGCACUUAGACGUGUGAUGAUUGCAGAGGUGCCAACGAUGGCCAUCGAUCUGGUCGAAUUCGAAGCCAACAACUCUGUGCUGGUCGAUGAGUUCAUUGCUCAUCGUCUAGGCCUUAUACCACUGACCAGUCACAAGGUCGACAGCUUCAAGUAUACAAGAGACUGCGAUUGUCCAGAGCGUUGCGAUCAAUGUAGUGUAGAGUUCCGUUUGAAUGUUAGAUGUAAUGAUAAUAUACUUGAUGUCACAAGCAAUCACUUGAUAUCACAGAAUGAUAAUGUAGUUCCAAUCACAACUGAUAGUAAUGAUGGACGUCCGGGUGACGCUAUACCUAUUGUUAAGCUACGCGCAGGACAGGAGGUCAGACUGAGAGCGAUUGCAAAGAAGGGCGUGGGCAAGGAGCAUGCAAAGUGGUCGCCCGCAUGUGUGGCCACCUAUCAGUAUCAGCCAAGGAUCCUGAUCAAUCAGAACCGCAUGGACGAGCUGUCUGAGAAGCAGAAGGAGGACUUUGUCAAGUCGUGCCCAGUGAACGUGUAUCAAUACAUCCCAACCAUCACCAGCAGGUCUCUGUCGAGAAGCUGA